AUAAAGCAAGCGUGUGGAUUACUUAUCAGUCCACUGUUGCGUUUCACUAACAAACCAAAUGGCUGUGAAGCCACCCGGUCUGGACACAGUGACGCAGGCGCCGGCUGACCAGCAGCAGCAGAGCAGAGGACGGGCAGGUAGGCGUGGCCUGUAAGGAGAUGUAGGAGCGCGCAAGUGGCUGACACACGCACACGCACGAGGAAGUAUCGCGCCGCUCGAAAGGUGCUGCACCUGCGCGAUUGUGGACACGCUCAAGUAUCCAGAGUUGGACGUUGUGUUCAGAGGUUGUGGUGAGCUGCUCACUCAUUUUCACCUGUACUAAGAAGGAUGAGCGUCUCGGCUACCUAGAAUACCGACUGGCUUUGCACUUCCACCCGCUUCGCUUUCGCUGCGCGCUCUCGCCGUCUUGCCCGCGCGCACGCCUCUGCGAACCACUUGGAUGCCACUAGCCGUGAUGUUAGCCACUGUCCUCUGCCGUGAAGGCGCUCUGGAUUAGUUCAUGGUGGAACAUCUAAUGGAAAACAUCGACUGAAUGUUUGGGAGCAUAAUCUGGAACUACUCCACUUUUUGUGAGCAACUAACGACAUUGAUCCCAGUGAAGCAUCAGGAAAAUGGUAAUUAACCCUACUGGAAGGCGUUACACUGUACCUCUCAUUUAUACGCUUUAGAUAAAUUAAUUAAUUAAUAACAAGGGGUUAAAAAGAUACAGAUCGAGUCAGAAGGUUUGGCCAACACAUUUUAUCGCGAAAAGGUGAAUUGCCAAGUGGAGACUUUACAUCACUUCUGGAUUUAUUAGCAAAAAAAAAAAAUUGCAGCAUUUCUGCAGGACGGAUAUUUAGGAGGAAGCUGGAAGAGGAAAUAUGUGUGAGUAGAAUUGGGAGGCAUGCCCCAAACGCCGAGCUCUACAGCUAUGUUUACCCCUGGUGGCUUUAGUCCUCAUGUUCAUCCUCCUAAAGAGAAUAUCCCAGAAGGCUUGAUCUUUCAAGAUGGAAACCUCACGUCUGCAUCUCUCGAUGCUUUAAUACAGCAUCUGGUCCCCACUGCAGAAUACUACCCAGAGAAAGCCUACAUAUUUACAUUUCUGCUGAGCUCCAGACUGUUCAUCGAACCGCAAGACCUUCUGUCUAAAGUGUGCCACAUGUGCGUUGAGCAGCAAAACCUGGAUGAUCCCGUGCUGGACAAGGUAAAAGUACGGAAAUUUGGACCCAAAAUUCUUCAGCUUCUAACGGAAUGGACAGAGACGUUUCCUUCUGAUUUCCGGGAUGAGCAGAUGGUGGGACACCUAAAAGAGAUGAUCCAUAGGAUAGCCCCAUGCGAUGAGGCCUACUGGAAGAAGAUGAACCUGCUUCUGCAAAACUUAAAUCAAAAACUGGCAACCUUGAACCAAGGAGAGGAAACGAUUGUCAAAGUCAACGCAUCCGUCUCUGACAAGCUGGUUGCCUUCAAGACUAAACCUCCACCGAUUCAAAGAGACAUUUUAAGCAUCUGCAGUGACCCGUACACACUGGCCCAGCAGCUCACUCAUGUGGAGCUGGAGCAUCUGAGUCACAUUGGCCCAGAAGAGUUUGUGCAAGCAUUUGUUCAUAAAGACCCCCUCGACAGCACAAAGCCUUGUUUCAGUGACCAGAAGAAAACAAUGAACCUCGAAGCCUACGUGAAGUGGUUUAACCGGCUUUGCUACGUUGUGGCCACGGAAAUUUGCAUGCCGGCGAAAAAGAAGCAGAGAGCCCAAGUUAUUGAAUUCUUCAUCGACGUGGCUAGAGAAUGCUUUAAUAUCGGCAACUUCAAUUCCCUCAUGGCAAUCAUAUCUGGCAUGAAUAUGAGCCCGGUGUCCCGUCUGAAGAAGACAUGGGCAAAAGUAAAAACGGCUAAAUUCUUCAUCUUGGAGCACCAGAUGGACCCCACCGGUAACUUCUAUAACUACAGAACAGCCCUGCGAGGAGCAGCCCACCGAUCGCUCACUGCGCACAGUAACCGAGAGAAGAUUGUAAUCCCAUUCUUUAGCCUGCUAAUUAAGGACAUCUACUUUCUAAAUGAAGGCUGUGCAAAUCGUCUGCCUAACGGUCACGUCAAUUUUGAGAAAUUCAUCGAGCUUGCCAAGCAAGUGGGAGAAUUCAUGACCUGGAAGCAAGUGGAGUGCCCCUUUGAGCAGGACCACAACAUCAUCCAUUACCUUCAGACUGCCCCGGUGUUUACUGAAGAUGGACUGUAUCUGGCUUCCUAUGAAAGUGAGAGCCCAGAAAACCAAACCGAAAAGGACAGAUGGAAAACACUGAGAUCAACUAUCCUGGGAAAGACAUGAAAGCAUCGGUGAGGGGCACGCAUUCUUUGCACUAAAUGACUUGAAUGGCGUCUAGCUGGGUCCUAGGCCAACUGGCAAAAAAAAACAAAAAAAUCAAAAAAUGGUGAACUGGAUUCAUCAUUUCCAGAAUGAUUUGUGCUCUCCAGCAGUCCCCAAGGGGCAAAAAUGAUAAAAAAAAACAAAAAACUUUGAACCUGUGCGGACGUAGAUCAACUCAAGGAUGGGAGACCAGAGGGAGCCUACAAAAAAGUGAACUUUUCACAUUCAUGUUUACACCGAGCUUUGCGGAUUCCAGAAAGACGUUCGUUACACGUGGACGGCAUGCCUGAGGGUUUUUCUCGUACUUGUAUCUCUUUAAUGGUGACUGACGGUGAGCACCGGUUUGCUCACUCUCGAGCGCUCUGCUGAAUGCGGCGGUUUGAAGGGUUUUACUACUGGUUUACUGGUUGAACUUGAGAGUCAGAAGAUCUCGGAAAGGAUCUGCUCUGGGUGUCAACUGAAACAGAGGCGACUCUGACUAACUGAUAUUCAGUUGUGUCUUAUUUCUUGAACGUUUCUGUAAUACAGAUUCCGCCCCUUCGUCGUGUUUUUGCAUCGUUCGCUUCCUUACGUGCAUGUUUCACUGCAGGCCAUUACACUUGUCACUUAUAGCAUUUACAAAGGUGCCCGUCCAGACGGAACUUUUAUCUCCAUUUGGUUUGCUGUUCAUUCAGCAGGGCUGCUCCUACUUUUCAUUGCUGCUUUUGUACGUAAAUGAUGUAUGUGAAAUAGGAAGGAUAGAUGGAUUUGUCAGAACCUUCCUUAAAAUCCUCUAUGUAGACCUUCACCAGGUUACCUUCACCGUGGAAUAUUUUAUUUGGCCAGGAAGUGUUCUAGUACAGAAAUUAAUUUUUGGUGUAAUGUUAUCAAUAUAAAUGGGACACUGUUUGGUGUGCACUAAAUGCUAUUCCCGAGACCCUGAUCUGAAAGAAGAGUUAGAUGAUGGAUGGAUAGAUGGAUACAAUUGAUUGAGAUUUGUGUGUUCUGUGAUGGGCAUGCAACUUAUCCCUGGGUUGGUUCUCCCCUUGCGUGCAAUGCGGAUGGGAAACGCUUCAGUUCUUCAAAACCAUAAGCUCCUUGAAAAGGGUGAUAAAAUGGAGUCGCAGCAAAAUGGGAGCCGAUAUUAUUUCCUAGCUUGCUCACACAGUUUGGGUGGAAUUUAUAUGUCCUCUCCAUAUCAUCCCAUCUUCUGAAAGAAGAGUUAGAUGAUGGAUGGAUAAGUAGAUGGAUACAAUUGAUUGUGAUAUGUGCAUUCUGUGAUGGGCCUGCAACUUAUCCCUGGGUUGGUUCUCCCCUUGCGUGCAAUGCGCGUGGGAAACGCUUCAGUUCCUCAAAACCAUAAGCUCAGUUAGAAGAUGGAUAUCCUUGAAAAGGGUGAUAAAAUGGAGUCGCAGCAAACUGGGAGCUGAUAUUAUUUCCUAGCUUGCUCACACAGUCUGGGUGGAAUUUACAUGUCCUCUCCAUAUCAUCCCAUCUUCUGAAGACACCCAUCUUAGGUUGAUUGAAUUGGCUUGGUAUUUGAAAAAGUGCGCCCUGUUGGGAUGGUUUCAAAUUCUGAAUUCUGACUCCGCAAUGAAACGGGAGUGUGUCCCUCAAGGAGCCAUUAACUCCAAAAAUGGACCAGGGUCACCGUGGGGAAAUGUGUUGUGGAGAGGUUGCUCCACUUACAGCCACAACUGCAAAAAAUAAAAAAACAGUCAUGACACAAAGAAUAAUUUUAUACCAAUCCAAAGCAACUUACAAUCGAGUAAAUAUCAGUCUGGGUAACUGAUGAAAAGAGGCAGAAUAAAUCAAAAAGGUUUGGGGCGACACCACAACGCCCUAUAUGACAAAUUGUAAAAUUAUUAGACUUUUCAGUGAAAAUGAAUGCCCCGCAGGACAAAAGCCUAACACAAGACGGUACAAGAUGGCGACGCUUCCGUUUAAAUGCCUGCCAGGCAGGAAGAGGUGGGUCCAGACCGGUAGUGAUGUCAUCGGUAGUCGGCCUGUCAAUCAUUCAGUCUGGAGGUAGGAAGAGAAGAGGAGUUGGUAUACACCGCCACCUUGUGGAGUGGUGUUGAAUCACAACCACCAGAAGUGUCACAUGUGUGACACUAUUUAGGAGGAAAUGCUGCAGGGCAAGGGUAUGAAAUUGAUCAUCAGAAGCGGAGAGCUCGGCAUGAAAUAAAAACGAGUUUUACUUUCUAGGUUACAAAACCUAACAACAGUUAAAUAGAAAUUCACCAAACAAGAGAGUCUUAAACACAUUGAAGGAGUCAGAAUUUCGAAUGGAGGUGGGAAGCUUGUCCUUCCAUCUAGGAGCUACACAUGAAAAGAGUCUGGACUGAGAUUUGACGCCACACAGAGUUGGCCUCACUUGAUGGCAUUCAUCAGCAAACCUGACUGGUCAGGAAUGAGGACUUCAUAAGUGUCUCCAUAUAUAUGUGGAUGCUGACCCUUUGACUACUUUCUAGGUAAGCAUCAGGGGUUUGAAUUUAAUUUGUGCUGCUGCUACUGGGUGGCCAAUGUAGUGAUCUGAAAAGAGGAGUGACAUGUGCCCACCUCAGGUGAUUGAACAUCAGACAUGCUGUUUAUCUGCAGACACUUGAGUGGUUCGGUAGGAGCACAGAACCCCACAAGUGUCUCUGUAUAUCUAUUGAUGCUGACCAGUUGACUACUCUGUAGAUAAGCAUUAGGGGUUUGAACUUAAUAUGUGCUGCUGCUACUGGGAAAAAAUGUAGUGAUCUGAAAAGAGGAAUGACAUUUGCCUUCCUUGGCUGGUUGAGCACCAGGUGUGCCUCAGCUUUUGAAUUAUCUGCAGCGGCUUGGUGACACGUGCUAGUAUUCCUGCCAGCAGAGAGUGGUAGUAGUCCUGAUGUAACAAGACCAAAGUCUGGAUCAGACAUUGUGCUGCAUACUUGUUUCAGAUAUGGUCUUGGUCUUGCAGUUAUUGUUUAGAAUGAAUCUUCAAGAAUUAUGGACCGUAGCAGUAAAGCUGGUCAUUGAUCACCACCCCAAGGUUGUGUACUUAUCUUGACAGGUGUUAGUGACAGUGAGCUUCAACAGUGAUGGGAUGCCAAAUAGACGGAUGGGUGGUGAUAAAAAGAAGGACCGUCUUGACCAGGCUGAGCUGGAGAUGGUGCUCCAUGAGACAUGCAGAGAUUCCAGCUGAUACUCUGUGGUCCUCUGGAGGAAACAACGGGUACAGUUGAGCGUCAUCGGCAUAGCACUGAUAGGAGAAACUAUGGGACUGGAUGAAGGGGCCUAGUGAAGAGAUGUAUAGAGAAAGAGUAGAAGACCCAGCGCCGAUCCUUAGGGCACCCCUGUACUUGCCUGAUUGUACUCUUGCCAUCUCUUCUUAGCUGGACACAUGCACUCGAGGUAGGAUUCAAACCACCGGAGUACAAUCCCAGUAAUGCUGAGGUCAGAAAUGUUGGUAAGGAAAUUUUGGUGGUUGACCAUGUUGAAGACAGAGAAGAGAUGUAGCAGGGUAAGGACAGAUGUCAUGUUGGUAGUUCAAGCCAGCCGUAACACGUCAACAACAGUGAGUAGAGCCGUCUAGGUGGAAUGACACCUCUUGAAGUCUGACUGAUUAGGAUCAAGCAGCCUGAUCAAAGCAUUUUUUCAGUGUAGAACCACAAUUCCAAAAAAGUUGUGACAACACGAAAACCGCUAACACGAACGACAAGGAAUGAUUCAGCUUGCACCUAACCUUACCAUACCGUAUCAAUUUCCAGGCCAACUUAAUCCUCAGCAGAAGAUAAGAUAUUUCAUAUUUUACCAAAUCAACUCCAUUGUUUUUUGAAGAUGUACGUUUAUUCUCUUAUCGAUGCCUACAGCAAGUUCUAAUAAAGUUGUGACAAAGUUAUUUGUCAAUGUGACAAGUUGAAAUAACAAGGUGACAAACAAAUAAGCGUAAUGGUCCAAGUUGGCUCCAGCUGUCAUACCCUGGACCAUCGAUAGUCAUGUCCGAGAUGAGCUGGGCAAUGAGGACACUUAACAGCAACAGAGGAAGGUGCAAGGCACAAUUAUGCUUUUAUUCAAACAAUAGCAUUUCAAACAAAGUGCAGUGCUUCUUAAAAAAUAAAUAUAUAAAUAAAUAAUCCAUGAUAAAAGCAAGUGCUCUUCACUGAAGGAUAGAGGUAAAAAUCCAACAAUAAAUAAGUUUCAUAAAGUCCAAAACUAAAACCAAGCUGACCUUGGGUUCACUUUUCUGUUUUUGAUCUUUUAUUGAAUUUAUUAAAAACAUUUAACAUUCCAUACAAUCAAGUCAACACUCAUGAGAAAGAGAGGAAGGCCGACAGCCCGAGUAAAAUAAUUCAGAGUAGUAAAGAGAGUCUUUUCCCUAAAUUUAAAUGCUUAUUCUAAAAUGUUAUUGAUCAGAUCCUGCCAGGUUUUAAAACAAAAAGUUUUGCCCAGAUCCUCUAAGUGAGAAUUUGAUUUUUUCCCAAUUUCAAUUAGUAUAAAACACCAGUUACCCACUGACUUAAAAGAGGUGGGCUGGGAUUCUUCCAGUAGAGCAAGACAAGUCUACUACGUGUCAAUAGUGAAGUGAAGUAAAGGCAACUACAGUUUGUUUGUCCUUCUCGUCUUUAAGCCCCUCUGUGAGCCCACCAAACGCAGCUGUUAGUGGAUUAGGGGGGAUUGUGACACCAAGGCUUUCUGAUAGGCAUUUAAAGAUUUUGGUCCAGAAUGUUGUUAAUUUGGUGCAGGCCCAGAACACGUGGCCCAGUGAGGCUGGAACACGAUUGCAAUGUUCGCAGGUUGGAGACAUUUUAGACAAUUUUAAGUGAGCCAGAUGCGCUCGAUUAAAGAUUUUGAGUUGAAUAAUUUAAUACUUUGCAAAUAUGGAGCUCGAAUGAAUUCUGUAUAUGGCUGCCUUCCACUCCAUUUCUGAAAUGUUGAGUAAGAGAUCCUUUUCCCACUGUGCUUUGGGAUCUUUAAAAGGAAGGGACUUUAAAAUGUUUUUAUAUAUUAAAGAAAUACUGUCUGAGUCCCCCAGACUAAUCAAUAUCUCUUCUGGAAUAGAAAUAGGUGGGAGGUGAGGAAAAUUGGGCAGCUUUUGUUUAGCAAAGUUUCUAAUUUGGAGAUAAUAAUAAAAUAAUAAUAAUACAUUUUAUUUAUAUAGCGCCUUUCCCAUGCUCAAGGCACUUACAGAAUAUAAUAAAGAACGGCAGCGUAUACAGUAUAUAGCAUUGUAGAGAAAGUGGAAAAAUUGUGUUGAUGGAAGACAAUUUGGAGUGUAAUUGUUCAUAGGAUGCAAAAGCAUUAUUUAUAUACAAAUCUCUAAAUGAUUUAACCACCUUUGUUUGCCAUAUAUUUAGAACUGCGUAAGUUGGAAAGGGUGGCAAAAGGUGGUUAUCAUGCAGACGUGCCACAGAUAAAACAUUCUCUAACUUGAAGUGCUUUCUACAUUGGUUCCAUAUUCUGAGUGAAUGAAGGAGAAUUUGGUUGUUAGUAUAUUAAUGAUAACUCAUAUGUACUGGGGUACAAAGCAAGGAAUAUAAAGAAGUACUGCAGGAUUUCAUUUCUUUUGCAGACCAAGCCUGUGUGUGUUCAUCUAUUGGGGUCAAUGUCCAGGUUUUUAUCGCUUGUAUGUUGGCCACCCAGUAAUAAAAGUGAAAAUUAGGUAGUGCCAUGCCGCCUUCUGAUUUAGGUCUUUUGAAUCUGUGGGUUUUUUCGAAUUCCAAAUAAAUGAGGUUAUGAUUGAAUCUAAUUUCUUAAAAAAAGAUUUGUUAAUGUAAUGGGGAUGUUUUGAAAUAGGAACAGAAGCUUAGAGAGGAUAUUCACCUUGACUGUGUUAAUUCUCCCUGCUAAAGUAAGAUGGAGGGUAGACCAUCUAUGCACGCCUUGUUUAAUUUUAAGCUACAAUGACACACAGGGGGCUCCUCAGCUCACCAAACCUGACACGAUCAGACACAGGCACAAGUUUCUGCAACAAGGCUUUUAUUUUGCUGUGGGAAACUCUUCCCAAAUUGUUUCCCACCAACCAAACAUCGUCUUCUCCAGACGUCUCUGCAUUUUCUAGCAGGAUGACGCCAAACCACAUUCUGUCUGGAUUACAAGUACACAGCAGUUGCAAGCUGAGAGUGCUGGUAUGAGAUUGGCAGUCCUGACCUGCGUGGCACAAAAUGAAACAUAUAAUACAGCAAAGCAGCAUGAAGAAUGAAUGGGGGAAAAUUCCUCUCGUCAAACUUAACCGACUUGUGUCUUUAGUAGUGUCCAACAGUGUCUUCAUAGACAUUUGGAAUAAGCGACCAAGUAGCGUGGCAGACAGUAAGAGUUUAGGAACUUACAAAACUAGAUUUGAAUAGAAUUAAGUGGACUGGACUGGCGAGCUUUGUUGGGCUGAAUGUCCUGCUCUCGUCCAGAUUGUUGUGAUGUUCAAUGCCCCAGUGCUUAAUAAGUGUCAUGAAAAGAAACGGCAAUGUGACACAGUGGGGAACACUCAGCUGUCCAAACUUUUUUGGAGUCAUCAGAGCUGAUGUGAGUGUAUAUUUUCAAAACAUUAAAUAAUGUGUUAUAAUGUUUUCAAUAUAAUGUGGGGUGAAGAGAAUUUGCAAACCACUCCUCUUUGUUUUUAUUAACAUUUUCCAUACUGUCCCAUCUUUUUGGAGUUGGGGUUAUGGGACCAUCAAGGAAAUUGUAAAUGGAUGGACAAAUGUCUUAUAUUACUGAACAUAUGAAUUAAAGGUGCCCCGAAUGACCUCUAGUGUUUGUCGGUUCUGCAUGGGAUUAGUGACUAGAAAUUUUGCAUCACUUAGGGAUGGUCGUCCAUCAUGUAGUCAAUGAAUAAGUGUUUGGUAAAUAAUAGAAAUGAGGAUCAAAAUUGCAAAAGGCAAUUAGUGAGAUGUUCUAAGUAGCGAUUAGUUUUUCCACAAAUUGAGGUGGUAGCACAGUGGUUAGCUUUACUGUCUUGUGGAUCCAAUGUCCCAGGGUCAGUGUUGCCAGGUCCACAGUUUUCUCGCCCAGUUGGGCUAUUUUUGAUUGUCGUCCGUGGGGAAAAAAUGGGCUUUCGUGGGUUGCAUUUUAAAAACAAUGUGCUAUUUUUGGACUAUUUUUUAAUUUCAUCCAUCUUGCACCACCUUACCUUUCUAUUUGCACUUGCAUAUGUUCUUUUACCAUUGUAGAAUAGUUUCCAAUGUGUGAUGGUUUAUAACCCAUUCUAUCACUCUGAAAUAUCUCAGAGGGGAAUGGGCUUUGAUGCUCUAACUUCACCCUCUCCCACCUGAUCCCACCCCUCC